AUGAAGAACAAGCUCUUCUCAAACGGCUUGACCGUGGUCUCGCUCAUCACAGCUGGACUGGCACUGACCACUAACGCGAAGCUCCGAGCUCAUGGUCACCAGCAUGGCGAUGUCUUUGGUCGUAUAAUGCACAAGUCAACAGCUAGCUCUGGUAGCAGCUUGGGUAUCGCCACCCCCGGGUUAGCGGACAACUCCAUUGCCGUACUUCCUACGGCUACUGGCGUUGCUCAUUGCGUUGGCGGGGACUGUGGUCCUAUCAAUGCAACUCAUCAUUCGAAUCAUUUCACUUAUCCAACACCCGUCCCGCAGUUACAGCUCCAAGCUCUAGAAGUCCAAGGUGGCAAGUUGGCUAGUCUUCCCACCCGUCGUCGAAACCGCUAUCAUACCUCGCAAACUUUCGGCAAACACGAAGCAGCUCCAACCACCGAGCUGGGCCCAUCUUCUACAGGCAAUAUAUUGGUAAAGACAAGUGACGCUGAACCUGCCGGGAUCACUCUCUGGAAAGCUGGUCUCGAAGUUCAAGGUGACUUGAAGAACGCUUCAGACAAGGAAGAUGAAGGCCACUCCCUCUCAGCCUUCGAUGCCUCUAGACCUCAUCCAGACCACCCAGUUAUUGCUCCUAGGCAGGAAGACGGCUAUCAAUCCUUCGUCCUUGGAGGCUUCUCGAAUCCAACCCCUACCGCGUCGUCAGUAGCUCCAAGCGCCACAGGUAUCUCAGUGUGCCCAGCUGACAACGGUACAACCUACACAUCGGACGCUGGUAUUGUGUACCAAAUCGUCUGCAACACCGAUUUUCCAGACGAUGAUUACCCUUUCCAGCUGGUCGAUAGCUUUGCCGGUUGUGUUCAGAAGUGCGAUGCAUACAAUUACAAUGCUCAUCACGUCCAAUGCGUGGCCGCGUUGUUCAUUGCCAGCCGAGACGAAGGUGCCAAUGAUUGCUACUUGAAGUCUUCGAUCGACAACCCGACCCCAUCAACCCUGAGGAUCCAGGGUGCAGUCCGCAUAGGUUACGCUUCAUCCUCAGCUACAACCAGCGCAACUUCAACGGAUACCCCUUCUUCAUCAUCCGCAGCUGCCACGAGUUCAGCAUCAAGUAUUUCCAGCCCUGGGGUCACGUACGCCUCGGGUGACUCUAUCAUACCGCCCAAGGUUGCAGGAUCCCACUUACAAGGUCCGAGUCAAAACGUGCCCUCAUCGCAAUACCUUGACAUCGAAGCUCCUGCAGGCAUAGCGCUUGCUAAGACCCUACUCACCACUGGAGUCAACAGCGGUCUUUCCACCGGCUACCCCAUGUCGCCAGAAACUGGCGUUCUCGAAGUUAACCUCUCAACACAGUCCCAUCUCAGUCCCUUGACUGAUACCCCUCAUCUAUCUCGAGACGGCGGUAAAGGAGGUAUGCUCAAUGGUGAGCACCUGUUCGUCUUCUGCGAUACAGGCUCAUACUCGCCUCCCACCUCCACAAUAGAUGGCAAUUUCCUUGGGUUUGUGUCGAGCUCUGUGGCCAUUGACGUUGGCAUGAAUGGCUUAAGUGGGAAGGCCCUAGAGUUACAGGACGGCAUUGGAGAAUGGAGUGACAACGUUGGCCGGAUGCGCGGCUUUGCACCUUUGACAACAGGUGAAAUAGCGUACAACGAAGCCUUGCAAGGUAACGGUCAGCGAUAUGCAAUCUGGCCUGAAUCAUCUAUCAUUCCUCUUGAUGCAACCACAGCCAUUAUCUAUGCGCCAAUCGUUUACGACAACGUCAACAUGGCCACUAAAGCUGCAGUAUUUACCUACAGUGGUUCAACACUCCUGACAAUCACCGCCGGCGGCAAGGGUGGUCCAAUCGCCGAGCGUACCGUGAACAAGAUCUUUGAUCAAGAUGAGGUAGAAUGGGGCUGUGCGGGAGGUCUCCGCUCUUGGGGUGCUUCUGGUAUAGGAGGGGACGAUGGGAACGUCUAUCUCUUUGGCAACGUUGCUGGUGGCCUUCUCAUGGCGCGAACAUCGGCUGCCACCGUGGGUGAUCGUGACUCGUUCGAAUACUGGGAUGGCAGCUCUUGGAGCGGUGAUAUGCCUUCUUCAUCAUCUAAGGCCUACUUCAUCGAAGGCGCUUUCAUGGACAUCGAUGUCUUCUAUUCACCCCGACAUUUGACGUUCAUCAUCGUGUACAUGACUGCCUACGCCGACAGCACCUUCUACUAUCGCUACCUUCUUGCAGACCAAGGCAUACUUCCACCAUUUGCGCCCGGAGGAGACUCAUCCUCCGAUUACGCUGAGAACAUCCUCAAGUACAAAUGGUCAGAGCAGCAGCUUCUUUUCAAAGCAAGUCCUGGUCUGAGUGGGAAGUACAUCUAUUCUGGCGGAACUCACCUGGGUUACUACGGGUCCAACGACAUCAUCAAUGGUGGCACGAAGAUGCUGCUAAGCUGGACUUCUCCCACUGGUCUAGAUCCCUCGACGCUUACUGGCGAGUACCAGAUCGUCACCGCUGAGGUCGACUUUGUUUGA